AUGGCCCAAGCCCACGGCCUCAGCCUCGUCGACGGUGAGUGGGUUUCCAGACCGCUCGACCCUUAUCAGAUCAUGGCCAACGCGUCUCAAGAUGACGUUGAGAUGCGGGAUGCAACGCCCAAGCCAACAAGCCAAGUGCCUGAAUACGGUAUACUGUCGCAGACUGUCUUUGAGACACCGCUAAGCAAAAUCAUCCUUCCGGCGAAGAUACGUCACAAAGAUCUGAUCGACGUUGUCAUGGUCGGUGAGGACUUCAUACGUCUCAAAGAGAUCCGUGACUAUGGUCAGAUCCGCCAUGUGGCUUCCAAGACUGACUUUAACGGCGGCCGCAUCAUCACCGCCAAAGUCUUUGGCGACCCUCGUGAAGUUUCCGCAACCACAAGUGGCAGUCCUUCGCUACAUCAAAAUUACAUGAAGCACAGGGCAAGAAGGCCAACCACAGGAAAUGGAGACGACGUCUUACCUCCGGAAGUCAUCGUGCUUACACUAUCAAACCGAUCGUUGAUGUUCUUGUGGGCUCAACACGAUACGGCAGGUACUGCCACAUUCAUCCAGAAGACCAUCAAGCUACCUGCAGGGAGUUCCCGCUUGGAUCGCUUUGGUAUCUUCCUCGCUAUAGAUCCUAAAUGCAGAGCAAUGGCAGUCGCAGCACACGAAGGGCGCUUUAUCCUCUACAAGACGAAGCCAAUGGAAAGAUGGAAAAGAGAUUCUAGGAUGAACAAUGAGAUUGCUGCGCCUAUUGAAGAUGAGCGAAUCAUGUCUAUUGAAGGUCAGAUCAUGCACAUGGAUUUCCUAUCAUCAGGAGGUGGACAGGACGACUACCACGUUGUUUUGCUGUUCGUUGUCGUCCUCCAAGGGAGGACCAGGCUCACCUGUUUCGAUUGGGAUUGCAGACAGGAUCUCAGUAAAGCAACCCCUCGGACGGAGCGAUACCUUGUCCAGUCUGAGGACACAAUACCUUCUCUACUCAUACCACUUAGCCGGAGUCCGGAUUUCCUUCUAAUUUCCGACGACCACAUCUCGGUUUACAAAAACAUUCUCUCUGGAGAUCCAACGCAAACCACAGUGCCGAUCGACAAGACAAUACUCCAAUCAAUACUACCAGGCGAUGGCAAGCACGCCCCCAAGUGGACCGCUUGGGAUAAGGCGCCGCGCAACUCCGAAUACCAAAAGGAGGUGUUUUACAUUGCAAGAGAGGAUGGCCGUAUUAUGUAUGUGGUGCGAGGGCCAGCGGGCACGCUGGAGAUCGAUGAGGCUGGUGAUUGGCAACACCGGAUUGACACCUCCUUUUCAUGCUUGGGCAUCGACAACUCAGAAAUGUCGCAGCAAUACCCAGAUCUUCUGAUCGCCGGUGGGGCAAGCAAUGAUGGAUUGCUUUGCAAAGUCGGUGCCUGGCCCACUGAGUACUCGUAUGCAGUACAAUAUCCAAGCGCAAAUCAAUUCUCCUUCGUCGAUAGCAUCCCAAAUUGGGCGCCUCUUACAGACCUUGUAGUAACCAAACUUUCUAGCCCGCGCGCGUCAGACGAACGGCAACGAUCGUCCAUUUUUGUCGCAAACGGCAACAAUCCACAUGGAGAGAUCUCGGAGCUGCGACGCGGCAUACAAGCUGUUGUCGACGAUAGUUUCAGCGGCAUCAACGGCUGCGCUGGGAUAUGGGUGGUUGACCAUGGCAGUCAUAUGGCAGACAUCGAAGGCACGAUGAAGAGACAGCAUUAUGCGAUAUUUUCAAUAACGCUCCCGCCAGAGACCUUGGUAAUUCGAGUCGUCCGUACACAACCGGAGAGCCGUGCAGACUUCACUGGAGCAUGGGAAGAGGGCUUCUGGGAUAAGUUCCAAACACCCAGCGACGAUGAUCCGCUCGAAGACGAUCUGAUGCGAGAAGAGGAGACCAUCUCGGCGUGUCCUUGGUCUGACACGAUAUCGAUCCAGAUUACACGGCGAGAGGCCCGCACUCUUCUUCGGCCAACAUUGAGACAAAUCGAGUCUUUGAAGUUUGACUCUCCAUUGCUGUUGGCUGUCACACAUACUGCAUGCCCUUUCAUCGCGCUUGCGUCUCGAAAGAGCGGUCACGCGCUAUUGGAGAUCAUACCAAUCUCAAAUGGCGGCAACUUCGACCGAUCGAAUUCAUUCCAAUACCAGCUAGCUCAUGAUCCCACAUGCGUAGAGACACUGGAGAUCAACGGCUUUCCAUAUGUGUUCGUUAGUACAUUCGAUUCGAAGGUCUUCCUCUUUCAGUACUCGUAUGGUGAGACCUCGUUGACGUUGGAAGACUCCUGGAAAGACCAAGAUACCCUCAACGGUUCGCAGAAGCUCUGUGAGAGUGUUGCCGUUCUGAGCAAGGACAGCAAGAAUCUUCUGGUGUGCGCAAUGCGGGAUGGCACUCUUCUGAGUUCGCAAAUCCACGUAGAGCACGGUGCUUCAGCCAAGAUCACCCGCAGUGAAACAGAUGUAUCUGCAGCGUUUGUUUCUUGUGGAUCAGAUUUCUGCCGAGUGCGCCCCUCUUCAUGCGAAUUCUCGUGUCUCGACAUCGAUUCCAUAUGGUUUACCGAUCGCGGCCACCCCGAGUACAAUCAAUCGCCAGUAUCGGCGAUCUAUCAACUGCCAUUUCUACCGAAACUGGACGUUGUUGGGAGGAACCUCGGCGGCUUUCUGUUUGCAGUCGCCGGAGAUCGUCUUCUCUUCUCGCAACUGGAUGCAGACGUAAAAUGGUCAAGCCAAGACCUGCCUUCUACGUUUCUGCACGACUCCAAAAUUGUUCCCAGGAAACUCAGCACGGGUGCUAAGCCGAGCAAUAUCCUGUACAUGCAGAAGUUACGACGAGUACUAGUGUCGACUAUGGAAGCGAAAGAGAGACGAGUGCCACCUUCUGGCGAACGAGUCCUGCACUCAUCGAUCAAGCUACUAAGGGUGCGCGACGACAGACCGACCGAUGACGUCGAGAUCAAACAAGAGGUGGAAGCGCCGGUGGAGCGACUAGUCGUUGCUCAGGCUUCCUUGAUGAAUGCCGAGAGGGUGUAUUCCAUCGUCGAAUGGCAGUUCUUGAACAAAGACAGCAAGAGAUAUAAUCUCAUCAUUGUCGGCACCGGAAUCCAGAUCGGCCCCUCGCAGCAUAGCGGAAGGCGACUGAUCUUCAACACUGGCAAAUCGGGCUCCAAGUUGGACUUGCAGAAACAGUCAACAUAUAACGAUCCUGUCUAUGGCAUAGCGCUGUGGGACAACCAGACGACAGUUAGUAUCGUCGGGAAAUCUUUAUGCAUCGAUCGUUUCGACGAGGAAGCCGGUCGAUGGUUCCAGCGCGGUAAAACAGAUCUGCACUCUCCAGGGAUCCAUGUGUCUGUCAUACAGCCAUUCGUCUACGUUUCAACGCUCCAGCACUCACAUCUUUGCUUCAAAGUUGUGGAAUCAGCACGACCCGAUACUUUCGAGUUCGUGCGAGAGUUCUCUGAUAGUGGUAUGCGCAAUUGCGCGCGACAUCUCGUCAUGGAUUUGCCAGACAAGGAGGGUAGUAGCAACCAUCGAUUCGUCUUACUCACCGAUAAGAAGAGCAGCUCGGUGACUGGUCUCUACCAACCACCUCUUCGAACCCACAGCAACGCUUCACCGACGUUGUUCGAAGCAUGUCUCCCCCGAUCUGUGAUCCGUCUCGACCGCGGCGAUAUCCGCCCACCUUGGCGCCGUCCAAAUCCUGCAGGAAAGAUCACCGGGAUCCUUGUCGACGAUAUCAUCGGCGCUUGUACCGAUGGCACGAUCUUCUCUUUCUCCAUUCUCUUAUUAUCCGCCCGUCUACUACUUCGUCUGAUAGAAAACCUGAUCGAGGUGAAGUCGAAACGGUCGGGCGCCCACAAACACGACACAGUCAAACCCCGUAGUGGCGACAUCUUCAACGUUCUUAUGAACAACACCCCUGGCAAUCAACAUGGUGCGAUCUUGGUUAGGGAUAUAGAUCCACGUUAUCUGGGGCAAAGUCUUCAGCGAGGUGCUAAGCACAAACACGUUGAAGGCGACUUCUUGAAGAACUGGCUACAUGAGGACGGCGACUUGAAGAGUUUGGUUUGGAGCGACGCAGACGAAGAGGUCGGAAAGCUCUUCCAAAAGCUGGCGCUGGAUGUCGACGAAAGAUGGGGAACGAUGGGUACGCGAGAGACCAAUGGGCACGAGAACCAGCAGUUGUGCGAACACGUGAAAAAAUGGAUGAGCGAGGUACUCAUGCCUGUGCUGUAA